GCUUGAUUUGGAGUACCACGACUUGCUCAGUUUGUUUGAGUUUCUCGACAACGGGGACGGUGAGAUCACCCUCUCGGAGUUCAUCGAAGGAGCUGCGAAACUCCGUGGCAGUGCCAAAGCCUUGGACAUUUGGCGAAUGGAAACGAAAAUCGAGGUCCUGUUGAGCGAGGUUCUUCAAGCGGUUGGAGGGAAAAUGAACGUGCAGGAGGCCUUUGAAGAGCAUGGCUUCCGGCAUGUGACCUUUUCCACCAACGCGGCACGACAUAGCAUAGCGCAACAUACCAAAAGCAGCGAAGGGAUCGAGCAGUGA